UUCCCAUCAUCUUUCUCCGUUCCCCUUUCUCCUCCUCGUCGAAUCCGCCGUCACCGCGCCGACCGUCGAUUGGGAGGAGGGAGGAGGAAGGAGGGUGGAAAUGGCGGGGUAUCGCGCGGAGGACGACUACGACUACUUGUUCAAGCUGGUGCUCAUCGGCGAUUCCGGAGUCGGCAAGUCCAACCUCCUCUCCCGCUUCUCCCGCAACGAGUUCAACCUCGAGUCUAAGUCCACCAUCGGCGUCGAGUUCGCCACCCGCAGCGUCACCGUCGACGGCAAGGUCCUAAAGGCCCAGAUUUGGGACACCGCCGGCCAGGAAAGGUAUCGUGCAAUAACGAGUGCUUACUAUCGAGGAGCAGUUGGCGCGUUGCUUGUGUACGACGUCACUAGACGUGCUACAUUUGAUAGUGUUACCCGCUGGCUGCGGGAGCUGAGGGAUCACACUGAUCCUAACAUAGUGGUGAUGCUGAUUGGGAAUAAGUCGGACCUCCGUCAUCUCGUUGCUGUUCCUACUGAAGACAGCAAGGCUUACGCGGAGAAUGAGUCAUUGUAUUUUAUGGAAACCUCUGCUCUAGACGCAACGAACGUUGAGUUAGCAUUUCAAGAGGUCUUGACUCAGAUUUAUCGCAUUGUCAGCAAGAAGGCAGUCGAGGCAGGUGAUGAUGAAGCCUCUUCUGUACCAAGUAAAGGCGAAACAAUAAAUGUGAAGGAUGAUUCUUCUGCAUUGAAGAAAUUUGGUUGCUGUUCCAGUUAAGCUGCUUUCUCUUUGUGAUGCAUUAUUUUAGUUUUUUAUGUGUAAUAUUUGAAUUCAUUAUUUCUUCCCUAAAUUAGUCACAUCUUGCACCUGAACAUGGAUGAACUGAGGUCUUAUUAUCUUAAUGCUUGUUACUGCAAAUUUGCCUGUAUUCUGAUCACAAUUGGGACGUCAUUAUGUUUUGAAUUAGAAUGGACUUUUUAAUUUA